AUCGGACGUUUUACUGUAGCUCAUUCUUCGAGUAUUGUGCUACAGUACCCAACUGUCCCCACACUGUCAUCUUGAAAGGUCACAAAGACAUUGAAAAAUGAUCGAACCAUCGUCUUCAGGAUGGGAAGUUUUCAAAGAACCGAAGGGUUUUAUCAAAAUCCUUGAAGUUCUUUUAGCGAUCUCUGCAUUCGCAACAACUUGCGACUUCUCAACUAGUGUCAAGCUAACGUAUAAAUGUCCAAACGCCACAUCAUGGAGUGCCAAUUUUUCAUACCCCUUCAGUAUUGAUUCUAUUGUGCUUCCUCAAUGCAAUACCAUGGAUAGUAAACACCUGUAUGGAAAUUUCGCUUCGGCAGCACAGUUUUAUGUUUUUGUUGGUGUAAUAACUAUGCUUUUCUGCGUUGCUAUUAGCGUUUAUUAUGUCUAUUUCCAUGAUCGUUAUUUGACUGAUUCGCAAUUUAGUAAAUAUGAAUUCAUCGUCUCGAUCGUCAUUGUUCUGUUAUGGUUUAUUGCCUCUUGCGCAUGGGCUGAUAAUGUGAAUCAGUUUAAAACCUACACAUCAGUAAGCCGGAUCUGCAAUGAGUUGGGGCCUAAAGUGCCUUGUGAAGCUAUACAACAAGCUACAUAUGGUGGACUCAACGUAUCUCUGAUAUUUGGAUUUACCAAUGUAGCUCUAUGGGCAGUUGGUUUAUGGUUCAUAUGGAAAGAAACUCCAUGGUCUGGGAAUAAUAAUUCUAUUCUUGGACCGGAAAAUAUUGCCACUGCUGCCGAUGGAUCUCAAAUGUAGUUAAAAAAUCCCCCGCAUAUUUUCUUGUUCUAUUCUUUCCACAAUAAGAAGAUCAACUACAUUAUUUCGUGUGAUAAUAAAAAAAACAUUCACUUGUAAAUCAUUCAUUUAUCAGUUGUUAUGUUCUUUCGUACAUUUGUUUUUCUACUUAAAAAAAAAUCAAAAUUGUCAAGCGAAAAAAAAAAGAAUUCGUUUCGUCUAUUUCAUACACGAUAAAAUUGUUGUUUUUACACAUUUAUAAAAUUGUUCGUCACUACUACAUCAUCAAUAACAACUCUGUGUGUUACAAGAUCAAUUUCUGAAACUGGAUAUUUUCAUAGGCCAAACUUCAUUUUUUUUAUUCUUUCUAAGUACAUUGUCCCAAUUUUUUUGUUUGUCGUUAUAUCUUUCCUUUUUUCAUGGUGACAAUAUUUUUGUUGUGAUCGUUAAACAGUUGUUACAUACUACAAUAUUGGCAUAUCACAUAAUAUACCAAAUAUGAUUCAAUGUAGUAUACUUCUGUAUUUUAUGAAGUCAGUUGUAGGGUCCCUCAUAGUACGAGAUAAGUUAUUAUCUUCAUGAAUAUAAUUUGACAUAUUUGUGGUAAAUAUAAUUAUCAUCCUAAUCGAUAAA